CGACGGCCAAGAAGAAGUGAUGACAGAAGGAAUCAAAAUGCCAAACACACAAACAAACUCACUCGCGCUCAAUUGCGAAGACAUAUCCAAAGUUGAAACCACACACCAGCAAAGUCGACACGAUCUUGUGAAAGAUGACCCCAAGUCCACUUGUUCGCUUUCUUCCCGCAGAGACAACAGCGGUAGCUCCAGUCAGAUGUCUGUCUCGGCUAACGUUAAAAAGAAUCGGUCGGACAAGUUGAAAUUGGAAAAUACUGAAGAGCGUGUUGCGAAGGGAGGAAAUAAACCUCACAAUGAUUUCACCGGCACGAAGGUGUCUGGUGUCCGUGCUAUGAAGAGCACCGAUAAAUUUGUGCACAGGAAACGCUACGCUAUUGACUCCAGCAGCUCUAGUGAGUCAUCGGCGUCACUGAGACCCAAGCCGGAUGCCUUCGACGAGAUGAUUUUCAAUUCAAAUUUCAACCCUGUUGCCAGCAAUCAUCGAGCUGAUGAAUUUUACCAGAGCCACAAGUCGAGAGCGUCGUCUAAGGUCUUAACGUCGGCCGGUUCUAAGAGCAGCUUGCCAGCCUUUAGGCCAAAGCAGUACCGAAAGCUGUCGCCUCCAAAAGUGAAGAACCAUGCCUCCAGAAAAUCGGUGGAGCAUUCAGAUUACAGCGAAUCGUCGGGGAAAGAUGAGGCAGAGGUCAAGAGUUUAGCGAGGAGGUCCGACGUCAACACGCACUUACUCAGAGACGAACAGAGACGAGAGUCUGCGGGACCCACAGCGCAGUUCUCCUACGUGAGAUCAUCGUCGUCGGCUAUGAUCAAAGGUGAGCUCCUGAGUCCGAGGCUGGUCCGCUGUGCCACCACACGGCAACUCUCACCCCUGUACGGACAUAAACCGUCCACGCCGAUGGUGAGUCGACUCCAGCCACUGCCCACACCACCCCCAGAAGGCAGGAUGAAACUUAAACCUGUUAGCAAGAACUCCAGCAUAUCUCAGAACUCUUGCGGAUCAACCCACGGGACCGAGUUUUCUGAUGGACCAUAAAAGUCUGGGGG